AUGCACCUCGACAAGGUGUUCCCGUCCCCGCCGCUGUUCCCAUCCGGCGACGCCCGCUACGCACUGCUCGUCGCCGUGGGCAAGAUCGCGAGUCUUCUGGAGCCCGGGUUCCGGCCAUUGAUCGUCCCACGCGUGGCGGACCAUCUGGAUCCGCGGGGACAGAAGUACUUCCACGAGACGCGGUCUGCGGCCCUUGGGAAGCCGUUGUCAGAGGUGCGGCCGACAGACAAGGAGAGCCUGGACAAGCUGUGGAAGUUGGUUGAGACCGAGUCUGCGGCGCUGAUUAAAAUGCUGAAAGGAACGGAGGGGAAGAAAGGUCCGUUCUUCGAAGGCGAAGAGCCUGGAUUUGCGGAUUUUCGCCCCGGCGGGCUUUUCUAUCUGGUAUCCAGCGCAGUGACCAGGUUUGGCCAUCUCCAAGAGCCCAAACAAAAACAUUCCGAAAGGGAUCUAGUUUCCCAUGGUGGGCAGCACACUUCUAGGGAGGAAGUAGGCAGUCACCUCUGGAUGUGGGGGAAUAUGGUUGACCUGGAGCGGGUCGUUUGGUUGGCGGAGUCUCGUACGCGGAGACAUCUUGCCAGAGACACUACUCAGUGA